AUGCAGAGCUUUCCGAAGUUCACCUUGAUCCAGUCCCUGGUGAUCUUUCUCGGCUACGUGGUGCUCUCGACCACUUCCGGGAUCGGCCUCGCGGGUCUGGAGACUUUCUUUCCUGGGCAGACCGACCUGGCUUUGACCAAUGUGAUGGUGAAGUCAGGUGAGGCUGCCUGUCAGGACUUUCGCUGGCAGUUGUGGCGCGCGAUUACAUACCAGUACUCACACAGCUCCUUCUCCCACAUGCUCGGCAACGUUCUCUUGCUGGUCCUGUGCGGGAUCAACCUCGAGGGCUUUCACGGCAGCCUGCGGCUGAUGUGGAUGUUCGAGAUCGGAGUACUAGGCGGUGCUGGUGCAGUCUGCGUCUUCGAUAGCCACACGCGGGUUGUUGGGAUGUCCGGCGGCGCUUAUGCCUUGUUGGGCAUGCAGCUCGGGGAUGUGCUCCUGAAUUGGGAGCGGAAGUCAGCUCCGUACAGGCUGGCUUUCAUCUUCCUGCUUGUGCUGGUCGAGGUCAUGCUCUACCUCUUCAACCCUCAAGAUGAGAUCAGCUACUCCGCACACAUGGGAGGUGGGGUGGCGGGUCUUCUCUUGGUCAUCGUGUUCGGCCGGAACCUGACGAUAAAGACUUACGAUCUUGAGGUGCAGGUUAUUCGGAUCGCGAAGUUCCUGCUCUUCGGUUUGGCAGCUUUCUGUCUCUGCUGGACUCUCGCCAACUGGCCGCCCAUGAGCUUGCUAGACCAGGUGCCUUGGUGCUGGGCGAGGGAGGUCAGCAAUGAGACCAUCUUUGGGGAUGGAGAAUUCCAUUGUGUGCGUUGCGAUGGGCCGUCCUGCAUCGCACGGUGGUCGCCGCCACUGCAGAACGAGUCCUACCCAGUAAAUCCAAAGUCUUGCAGCAGCUGGGCCGUGAGCGAGCGCUGA